AGAGUGACAGUUAAAAUAUUUUAUCUAAAUUGCAUAUUUUUUACCAGUUAAGUUGAAACAGUUUACUUUCAUACAUCUCAAUAUUACAAGUAGUUGCAUACAUACAAAGAUUAGCAAGGCAUUAUAGAAUAGCUACUUAUUUUAAUUAAUCUCAUGUCCGCAAUGAGCUCAGCGUCGUCGUCAUCCGUGUGGGUGGAGAUAGCUAAGCGUUUUGAGUCAUUCUGUAAACGAGACUUUAAGAUCCAGUUCGGCCGUGAAAAGGACUCGCUCAUGGCGAUAUUCGCACAAGAACUUUCGCACAAGAACAUUCGCACAAGAACUUUCUCCAAAUGCGGUGGAACAAUUAUCCAAAAUUACUACAGUUGGUGAAUGAGAAAGCGGUCAACAAUGUCGUCACGGUGACAGAGGACCCUGUAGUUUUUAAGCGUCUGUUUCAGUAUUUUCAUACUGAAGACUUUCCUGACCGAUCGAGCUACACGGCCAAUGAAAUUAUCAAUAUUCUCAAACUCGCUUCCCGCAAUUGCCCCGGCGAGCUGAGUGACGAGAUGACAAAGAAACUUUUCGAGAAUGGUCUCCGGCUGAAAAAUGCAUACAAAAUGCUCAACUUUGCCAGCCUGUUUGACUUGUCUGGAUUGAAAGACAUGGCGUCCUCUUUCAUGGAGAAGUACGUUUUUAAUUAGUUAAUCACCUAAU